UAUCGAACACUCGCGUGUGCAAGGGAUAUUAUACAUAAACGCGUUAUCUCCUUAGCAGAAGUAUCGAUAUACUUUUUGAUUACAUACAUCCAGGUAUUUCUUUUUCACGCAGAAGGAUUUAUAUAUAGGUAACCUUCGUUUUUACACCAUCACCUUUGCAAGUAAGACACCGAACCAAAUGAUCGACUUCACACUUACCCCCUCCCAACGGGAACUACAACAAUCCACACGUACCUUCGCUCAAACGCACCUCUCUACCGCACCAUCCCUCUACUCCUCUCACGGCGAUCAACGAUCGCGCUUCGAAUCCAUCCUCCCUCUAUACCGCCGCGCCGUGUGCUCUGGUCUCAUCAAGGCCCAAAUCCCCAUACCAUUCGGUGGGACGAACGCUAGUCUUAUCGAUGCUGCGAUCCAGCUCGAGGAACUCUACGCCGUCGAGACGAGUGUGAGUUUAACUAUUUUUGCGAAUGGGUUGGGAUUAACCCCGUUGAUAUUGGCCGGGAGCGAGGAGCAGAGGGGAAAGUUUCUAGAGCCGUUUUUGAGGGAGGAUGGGGAGCCGUUGGCGAGUUUGAUGCAUUCGGAGCCUGAGGGGACGGCGAAUUGGUUAGAGAAGGGGGGAAAGGGGUUGCAGACGACGGCGAGGAGGGAGGAUGGUGGGGAUGGGUGGGUGAUUAAUGGGGAGAAGCUGUGGACAACCAAUAGCAGCGGUUGGGAUGGAAAAGGCGCCGAUCUCCAAUGCGUCGUAUGUCGAUAUUCACCAGAUGGAAGCCCUCAGGACCCUUCCGCCGAUCCAGCAUCUUCUAUCCUUAUCCUCAUCGUCACCCGUGAAGUCAUUGCGCAGAAUCCUCCGACCGCAUAUACAAUCCUUUCUGAACCCGAACUAGCCGGCCACGUCGCUGUGACGAAUCCUCACACGCGCUUUACCAACUUUCGCGUCCCCGAAUCGCAUCUGCUCUGUCCACCCGGGACUGGCGCUGCGGUGGUGGAACAAGCAUUCACAUCCUCCGCAGCUCUAGUUGGCGCGAUGGCAGUGGGAUUGAUGAGAGCCGCAUUCGAAGCUGCGUUGAAGUUCGCGAAGGAAGAUUCUCGCGGGGGCGCAAACCCGAUUAUUUAUCACCAGAGCGUUGCUGAUCUCCUCAUGGAUAUGAAGAUGAAAGCGGACUCGACGAGGCUUGUUACUUGGAAAGCACUGCAUUGUCUACAGAGUAGUGGGCCAGAGGUGGAUUUCAAUGCAAGAUUUGAAGGGUGCUUGCAGGCGAAGAUUUUUGGAUCGGAAGCGGCGGUGCAGUGUGUGAUGGAUGGGAUGAAGGUUGUAGGGAUGACGUCGUAUAAUAAGGAUCAACCGUUUUCACGGUUGCUCAAUGAUGCUAUAUGUCUGCCCUUGUUUGAUGGUGGUAAUGUAGGUAUUCGACGACGGCAGAUGGAGAAGAUAUUCCAGGAUGAGCAGUAUAAGCCAUGGGUGGCAACUUACGGCGCAUGAUGGUACGAGUAUAGAACAUAGUUCUAAUACUUACGUUGAGGCCGUAUAAGCUUACAAGGUAUAUGUGAAGUUUGAUUCUAUGAUAUCACAUGAAUAAUAUUAUGGUAUAAAA